AUGAAGAUAACUCCUUUCUGGGCCAACCUCGGCCUAUCCUUAUUGGUCCCAGGCGCUCUAUCUGCUACGUCCACUUCAUCCACCACCACUACCUCUACUGCCUCAUCAUCAACCUGUACAGCUUCCCUUAUCACCACUCUAUGCGACUACCCAGAGCCAGCAGACGGUACUGCCGUCGCUAGCUCUGGCAAAUCCAACUGCUGGGACUAUUGCAACGACAAUCCUCCCUGCAGCUUUGUUAUCUUCGUCGCUGGAAACCCUUACCUAGGCACCGGAACCUGCUGGCUGUACCCCGGCGAAAACUUUGAUGAGAGCAAAUGUUCUACUUCAGGUUGCUCCAAUCCAUACCUGUCCGUCUACGACAAACCCGUCUGCUCUAGCCCAGCCACUGCGACUGCGUCUGCCAGCGCCUGUGCCGCCACUAGGACCCCCUCUGCUGUCGCCGAGGUCUGUGGGUACCCACCGCCUGAUGAGGUUUGCUUUUACGACUGCUAUGCUAGCUCGGGUGCAUCGAACUGCUUGAGUAUUUGUGCAGAAGCUGAUUCCUGCAGCUAUGCCGUUUUCAAUCCCCAUAAUGAAAAUAAUUCACAGUACGAGGGCGGUACUUGCUGGGUCUAUCCGAAUGGCACAUACAACGCCGACGAUACGACCACUUGCAGUGGUGAUGCUGAGCAAUAUGUGUAUAAGAACGCGUGUCCCAAGCCAUUAUCGUCAUCUCUUUCGUUCAAGGAGCGUGCUAGCGAAACUGGCGCCAGCACUGGAACUGCUACCACUGAAACUGGAAGCUCAGCUGCUAUUGAUGUUGCGGCGUCUGCGGCCGUGGCUACCAGCAUUAAGAAUUCUGCUGCCGGCCUCGAGAUUUUUAACCCAGCUAUAGCCGUGGCUAUACUAUUAUUGUAG